CUGGGUGUAGAGACGAUUUUAAACAGAGAAAACAGUCAAAUGUCUGAUUUUUCAAUUUAAUACAGCAACAUAAUCCAAAUGAAGAAUAGAAAUAACAGCUCCUAAAGAUGUCUAAAGUUGACCCUUGAUUUCGCUACUGUCUGGAGAAUUUCUGCUGAUUUAAUCACCGUUCUUUGGACAGAGUUGCUGAAUCUGCAGAGGUCAUGCGUCAAUAUAUCCACAUUUCAACAGGAGACAGAUAGGGACUGCUUUUUUUUAUUAUUUAAACAAUAAAUAGACCAGGAUGGACCUCCUGGAAGCGCCAAGGCUAAAAUCUUACGCCACAGUGGAGAGGAGAAGGGAUGUUGCCUUCACGUGCUGUGGGAAUCUUCAGGAGCUCGCGUAAAAAGAAUAGCUAGAGAUGGACAUGCGAAAACACAAACAAAAUAGGAAGAUGUUGGUUAGAAUACUGCUGUAAAUAAUUAUAUAUGAGCUUAUUUAUAAAUACAUAAUAAGAGUUUUAUACUAUCAGCACUAAUUUAGAGUCUGGUGUUAUUUUUUUCAGUUUAUUGUGAGGUGCGAGGGUCAAAUUGACGAAAAAAACAACAACACUAUAGGGACAUUCACCCCACCGAGCAAAAUUGUCACAACAUUGCAGUCUACACACUACAAUUAUUUUUGGCAAAAUCCCUUUAAAAUAACUUUCAAACUGUUCUGAUUUGUGUAAUGAGAGAAACAAAGCAGAAAAGUUUGGAUAUCAGCACCAAAUAUUUUUGGUUUGAAUAGUCGCCUAUUUUCACAUAACAGGUACAGGUAUUGUAUAUCUACACCUGUUAUGCACACUUUUGCAUAACAGGUUAAUUUAAUGAAAAACAUAAUAAGAUGUGCAUUUACUUUUUGAUGAUAUGUGCAAAUAGAAUAGACAGGUUAUAGAUCUUCCAACAUCCAUACCGCUUAAGUUUGCAUCAUUAGUCCAUGAUCAGUGGUUUGGAGUAAAAAAACUUAUUUAUUUUUCUUUGUCUUUGUCUUCAGUCCGUUUCUUCAAUAACUGUUUUCAUCGUUUUAUAUUUCUGCAUUCUUCCCCUUUAGUUGUUUAAGUUCUCCCUUCCCAGGUGAGACUGAUUAGUCCUUUAGUUGUCAGAACUGCGGUGAAGCUCCUGAACGCACCGUGCUCUAGAGUACUAUGGAGGAGAGUUUAGUGAAGGGAAUUCCGGUUCUUUUUUAAGAUCCCGAUGGUUUGGCUCAACUCGAAUCUCCCGAACAGCUCUUUACUUCACAUCUCCUCUAAAUUUCACAUAUGUCAAUGUUCUUAUAGUUAUUUAGUAUGUGUCCAUACCUGCUGCAAAUGUAAAACACUAAUAACACUCCAAGCAUAAAUAAUGUUAUAUAAAUUCUAAAAUAGCUAUCAUUUUAAACCGAUAGCGAAUGAUACAAAAUAAGGUCAAAUCUCACUUCCUAGUGUUGCCUCCAUAAUUACUCCUUCGUUCAUUGUAGCACAUCUAAGAGAAAUAGGUAGAGUGGAUAAAAUAUCCAUAUGAACCCAUUAAGAAGGAAAGUACAUGACGAACUGUCAAUAGUUUGUGUUAUGCAAAUUUUAGCAAUGGCCUUUUGAGGUUUGCUCUCUCUGUGGGGGGUACCAAUGCUUGUCUGCUGGACCCUCACAAUGCGGAAUAAAAAAAUGCAAAGUGAAAUUAAAUGUUACCAUAACUCAUUUCAUCCAAGUAUCUUCAAAGAGUUGCGAUGGUUGGUGAUGUUAUGGCCAAGAAGGAUCUCAGGUAGCAGUCAGUCUUGCAAAGUAUCUGAGGAGGCCUCUGACUGAAGACUGUUGUAUGACAAUCUAAUGAGAGUUAUGAUUUGCUAGCAACUCAAUGUCCAGGCAGUUGAGAUGAUAUUACGCAGUGACAUGUAAUUGGAAAGCAGAGCUAAUCCACUCAUUUGUUUUUGUCAUUCCUCUUUAAAUCUCUGUCUGGCUGUGUCGUCAGAAAACCAUUGGAGUAGGGGAUAAUCGUUACCCAUCAUGAUCAACAAAAGGGAUGGUUUGAACUUUCUCCUUCUCUCUCUGAAGCCUCUUUCCAACUUCUGGGAUUUCAGGUGAUGCCGAUGCUAAUCAGCUGCUCCCAUUUGUAAAAACAACACACUGUUGUCCAGGUUACACGCCAUAACAACUGUCUGAAAGCAAAAAACGUAAAACCAUAAAACCUUCUAGAUGCACAGCAUUAAAACCAGAGGGAAUAAUAAUCCAAACAAGCAAUGCCUCAACAAAAACAGUUACCCACGUAAGUCCAAAAUGCUCGACUAUGAGCUGGACUACAUUCUAGAAAAUGAAUCUGGAAGUUUUAACCCACAUCAGCAGACCAGUUGCAUUCACUGACUUGCAUUUGUGUUUGGUAAAAAGGAUACUGAAGUGCUUCAAAUAUUGUGUAAUCAGUUGACAUGAGUUUCAGCUUUUGAGUCAAAUUACUGAAAUUAAACGAUUUUUAAAAAAAGAUACUCGAAUUGUUACAUCCCCGAGCUUAGGUUGUGUUGGGAUAAUUUUUUCUAGGAACGAAGUAGAACGUUCGCGGAGACGAGCCGGCACGUCGAAUCGGCUCGGUCACGGACUCCUCUCGAAGUGAGCGACUGUGCCGCUCCACGGUAGCAGCUCCGCUUCGCACUUCCAGCCGCCAGAGAGCCGAGCUGAGCAGAGCAGGGCCGGGGGUGGGAGGACAGACGCCUGGGCUCCGUGCGCUGUGAUGUGCAGCAGAUGGGAUUAACCCGCUCAGACAGCUCUGGGAAACGCUAAUAGUAGUAGCGGUAGUAGUGGAGGAGAGCAGGGAGGUGGCGGAGGAGAGGGGGGAGCCCCGCGUAAAAGCUGCGCCGCACGUGGAAAACUUGCGCUGUUCCGUCCCUUGGAGAGAAAACAAGCUUCCAAAAAAACAGACGCCAACAAACAGACCCGGGUCCAGACUCGCAGCAGCCGUCCGGAUCGACCUCUAGCACUCCUCGCGCACAUGCCUGCUGUGUUGAUGUGGAGGAGAGGGGGUCAGCGGACCGGGGAGCAUGUUUGAAUCAUCUCGCUGAAAGUUGCAGGGGAAAGCCAAUUCCAGCUGACCAUCUCGCUUGCUUUUCUUUCUCUUUUGUUGUUGUUGUUGUUGUUUAGUUUUUUUCUUUUUUUGUUGUUGUUUUGCUUUGGUGGAAACCUAAACUCGAUGGAGGGCCAAGCGGGCGAGCUGCACGGCAACGAGGACGUGCGCAAGAGCGGCUACCUCCGCAAGCAGAAGUCCAUGCACCGGCGCUACUUCGUGCUGCGCGCCGCCUCGGAGCGCGGUCCGGCCCGCCUGGAGUACUACGAGAGCGAGAAGAAGUUCCGCGGCAAGGCCCCCGUCCCGAAGAAGGCGGUGGCGCUGGAGACGUGCUUCAACAUCAACAAGCGGGCCGACUCCAAGAACAAGCACAUGAUCGUGCUGUACACCCGGGCGGAGAGCUUCGUCGUGGCCGCGGAGAACGAGGAGGACCAGGACGAGUGGUUCCAGGCCAUGGUGGAGCUGCAGUGCAAAAGUAAAAAUCCUAAUGACAGUGCGAGUUCAGGGGACUACGGAGCGCCAAAUCCAGGACCUGCGUUCAAAGAAGUUUGGCAAGUGAAGGUGUGGCCUAAAGGCCUGGGUCAGCUCAAGAACCUGGUGGGCAUCUAUCGCCUUUGCCUUACUGAAAAGACGGUAAACUUUGUGAAGCUGAACUCCGACGCAGCCGCUGUGGUGCUCCAGCUGAUGAACGUCAGGCGUUGUGGACAUUCAGAAAACUUUUUCUUUGUCGAGGUGGGACGCUCUGCUGUGACGGGCCCCGGCGAGUUUUGGAUGCAGGUCGAUGAUUCUGUGGUGGCCCAGAACAUGCAUGAAACCUUGCUGGAGGCCAUGAAAGCCCUGAGUGAGGAGUUUCGCCAGCGCACAAAGUCUCAGUCAAACUCUGGUCCUGGAGGAGGUGCCACAGCUUCCAAUCCUAUCAGUGUUCCUUCUCGCCGCCACCAUCCCAAUCCCCCUCCAAGCCAGGUGGGCUUCCUCCGCCGUCCCCGAACUGAGCCUACCUUAGGUGCUAACGUGGGAGCUCCAUUAGGCAGUUCCAGUGCCUCUCCCACACCUCGGCACAGCUUCCCGAGGUCCCGCACCGCCAGUGAUGGAGGGAAAAGUGAAGAUGGGAUAGCAGGAUCCACUCCGCUACACGGUGUAAACACAAGUCCUUCUACCAAUGGCUCCUGCUCUACCACCCCAAUCCUCAGGUCAAAGUCAGCCCGCUCAGUCCCAACCACAGCUGCUAAAACUCCUUUUGGGUUGAUGCGUUCCAUUUCAACUCCAACCCCAUCCCCAUCACCAGCCCCAAGUCUCUCGUCCAGCUCUGGGCAUGGAUCUGAGUUUGGAGGUAUCACAUCUGCUGGUCCUGUUCCAGGGUCUGGUGCUUAUACUCGUGUAGCCUCUCAUCAUACCUCAGUCUCGUGCUCACCCAGUGAUUACGGCUCCUCAGAUGAGUAUGGUUCCAGUCCUGGAGAUCACACGGUUCUACCCUCUCCAAGCCUGCCAGGAAGCUCUAUCAGCAGCACUGGCAGCCAGUGCCUUGGUGAGGAUGGAGCAAAUUACAUCCUAAUGGGUCAACGAGGUGGGACCAGCAGUAGUGUCAGCAACAGUAAUCAAGUCAACAUGAUGUCCAGCUCCCAGCCUGUGCCAGGAACACCAACUAAUGGCUCACUGCCCCAGACUAGGAGAGUACUGCGUCGAUCUUCUAGCCGUGAAUGUGAGGCUGAACGCAGGCUUCUGAGCAAGCGUGCAUCCUUGCCUCCUAUGGCCCUGGAAAGACUGGCCCCACACCAGCGCAGAGCUGAGGAACCUACAGAUGAAGAUUCAGCUGAUUAUGCCAUUAUGUCAAGGAGCACCAGUCGGGAGUCCUUUGCAUCUACCUGCUCAUCUGUUCAAAGGGAAUCAGCCUUAGGCACUUGUGUAGGGGGAGGAGGGUACUUGGAUGUAGCAGGAGAGUUAAAAACUGAUGGUGGUCCAGGAGCAAUUGCAGGUGUGGACAAUGGGUACAUGUCCAUGCUACCAGGAGUCACCCAGCCUCCCGUUUCCUCAUGUCAGACAAUGACUGUGUGUAUUCCAGAAUCAGAUUCCAAACCUGCUGAUGACUACAUGGCCAUGACCCCCAACAAUAGCGUGUCUCCCCCGCAGCAGAUUCGUCCCCUGCCGGUGUCUGACGGCUAUAUGAUAAUGUCUCCCAACAGCAGUUGCUCCCCUGACCAGCGUGGAAGCCUCUCUGAAGGUGCUUGGGUUGGCAGUGCCGAUAGCAGAGCUGGUAGCGACUACAUGAACAUGUCUCCUAUUAGUGCACCUUCUGUGAAUGGCAGUCCCCCUCAAAAUGAGCACACCUGCCAUUUAGAUACCAGUUUGCAACAGCCGCCUCCAAAGAUGGUGUAUUCCUAUUAUUCCCUUCCCAGAUCGUACAAACAUAAUCCCACUUCUGGGCUUUUUGAUGAUGGGCCCGGACGAGGUAGACGCCCCAAUGGGAACUGUAGCAGAGGAGGAGGUGGCAGCAGAAACUCAGGGGGGCAUCUAGAGCAACCAAUUGGCAGUUCAGGGAUUGGACGGCACCAAUCACUCUCUUCAUCCUCAUACUCCUCCAGCUCAGCUAGCAGUGAGAGUCUUGGAGAGAACGAUGACAGGACUAACCAGGCUCUGGGUAAUGUGACAACUGGAUCACAGCCCAAAGAGGUGAGCAAGAUUACUCAGAGACGGGGCUCUGGUGGGUUAACAAAGCAAGGUAGCCACUUUAGAAGCAGACCAGUAAGCCUAUUUGUAGAUGUAUCUAAGGCCAACACUCUUCCUAGGGUUCGUGAGAAUCCCUUGCCCCCAGAACCUAAGAGCCCUGGAGAGUAUGUAAGCAUUGAAUUUAAAGGGGAGCAGUGCAGCCAGACUGGUGUAGGAGUUGGGCGAGGUAGAGGACUGAGACAUGGAUCAUUGCUGAAUCAUGGCUCAAGUCACCAGCAUUCUCAAAACAGACCAGCUCCAUCUCUAGAAACCUUUAUUCCCCUGUUUCAUAGUCCUUCUGCCCCUGUCUCUCCACCAACUCCAUCAGAGUACGUCAACAUGGACCCUGGCCCUUCACCAUCCCCUUCCCCCCAUUCCAAUACCCAGUUAGUUUUUCCACCUUUCCACACCCCUCCCACACCCCCAGUUCUUGCUCAUGCCCCUAAAACCUGUACGGAAGGUACUGAUAGUCUGUGUCAAGGAACUGUUGAAGUUGCUGAGCCACCUCUUCGGAAAAGCAGAGACAGUGUUCCCUCAGUGAUUGAGACAGAGUCUCCUACAUCCUGCGGAGACUACACAGAGAUGGCUUUCAGCUUGAGCAACAAUACUGCCCCUCGGUCAUCACCAAGUGUCUCCCCCAAAGUCCCCUCUCCUACAAGAACUGAUCCUUCUGUUUCAGUGCUCUCCCGGGGUCUAGACUUCCCUCUAAGCAAAUCAGGACUGAACCCAGACCAGGGUGCUAAAGUAAUCCGUGCUGAUCCCCAAGGACGCAGGCGGCACUGCUCGGAAACCUUUGUGGCCACACCCUCCCUGUCCACCUCUGCUUCUACUUCUUCUUCUACUGCCUCCCUCUUUCCAGAGCACAGCCAGGCUGUUUCCCGCCGCCUCGGCUUUGAGAGCAUGUUGUGGGGGAACGGUGCCGUCACUGAUCCUCCAACUCAAAUUCCACUCCCUGCACAGCAGUCACUUCCCACAAACAAUCAGACAUUAUCCACAGAGCAGGGUCUUAACUACAUAGACUUGGACUUGGUCAACAAAGAGAGUCCCCACGCUGGCCUGGAAGGUGCCACAGGAGGCCAGCCCCAAUCUCGGCUGUUCUCUGUUCUUGGUUCGGGCUCCAUGGUUGGGGGAAUGGGGGCAUCAGCUGGAGGGAGCAGCAGUUCAAGCCUCAACACGUACGCCAGCAUUGACUUCUACAAAUCCGAGGAGCUACGGACACAUCAGAACGGGAACAAAGAGGGAACAGAGUGCUGAUGUCAGCGAUUCAUCCUCGGAGAGACAAUCUGGUAUCACUCAAAGCGCUUCGAUGCUCCACCUUUUCCUCCUCUGACAGCCAAUCAGACGGACAGAGCUGCUGGAUUGGACGCAACCCUGAAGCACUUUGACAUAAACUGAUGGAAAAUGUACUUUUUUGUUGUUUUUUUUGUCCUCUUCGCUUUCAUCCGGUUGGUUGAGCAAACCUACAGGGAUGUGUGCCAAAUGAUAUUCUUAAAGAGUAAUUCGCUGCUCUCAUUUCAUGAAGUGAAAGCCAAUCAGAGGACGGUACCGAAUGGAGAAUAAAGUGGGUUUUUUGCGUGUUUUUCUCUCUUUUUUUAAACCUCUAAUGACAAAAAUGUACAAAUUUGGCUGAGUGGUAUGUUUUAAAAGAAAAAGAAGAAAAUAUAUAAAUCAUAGCUGCUCUAAAAGUGCCUCAUUUUCGUAUUGUAGCCAUUAUAAAAGCUAAAGCUUUGGGUUUUGUUGUUUCAUUCUUGACUUGAUGUAAUUACAACUGAUGGUGCUGAUAGACAUCAGAAGCAUUUUUUUUUUUUUUUAAACCACCGAUGCGUUCAUGUCAUAUAGGAUCAAUGCAAGAGAUUGGAAAGUUUGAGCGCUAACGACUGAUUUUUAUACACAAAAUAUUUAAAGUUUCUCUAAUCAGAAACAGUCAUGUUUUUAGAAAAUAUGCCAUCUAAAAUUCCAGACAGAUGCUUUGGUUUUAGUACAGUAGGACCUUUGUUGUGCCCUUUCCUCUAAAAAAAAAAAAAAAAAAAAAGAUAUAUAUAUGCAUGUUAAACUUUUUAAGUUGAUAAUGAGCCACAGCUUGAGGUGAAAAAACUAAUUAAUAUGAUCUGCACAUUUCCUAAUUUUAUUGAAAUUAAAUUUCCAAAGUGACUAAAUGUUAUUUACCUUUAAGUGCAUAUCACCAGUGAUAUCUCAUCAGUAAUACUUAAAAAGACUCAGGGCUGUAUUUUCAUUUAAUAUAUAUGUAUUAUUUUAUUUACUGAGGUGCUAGCUAUUUUGAUUAACAAAGUUUUUGGGUACUUCUGCCACUGCCAGUGUUGACGUUUAUCGGAAGAAAGGAUGUAGAGAAAGUAAAUAAGACAUUCAUCAAAUGAACCCCUUUAAUGCAGAAAAUCAUUGGUUCCCAGUGUCGGCACGUUUCCAACCGUUUAUGUAACUCGUGUGUAAAUAAGCAUUUGUAAUUCCAAAGAGUCACUUGUUUAUGAGUGGUUAAAAAAGGAGAACUAUCUGUAAUGCACAGAUUUUUGUAAAAAGUAUAUUUUCGUAAUUGUAUGCCAUAAACUUUUUAAUUGGGCAUUUCUAAGUAAAGUUUUAGCAUAUAUGCUAGGACAGAAAUCAGCGCUAUCGCUUAAGAGAAUGUAAGACAAUUCAACAGUCUAUUCAUUUAUUUAAAUUAGAUUAAUCACGUUUAAUUAACAAACUCGGGUCUUUAUUUUGUUAGAUUUUUCUUUUUUUUUUUUUUUACUGCGAUAUUAUUAGUUUCAAUAAAGAAAAAUAAUUCUGGAAUGUGGCGCUAAUGCAGUCAAAAGAAGAUUUGUAUUUUCUAUUUAUUUUUUAAGUGAUCAGUCAAUACCAAUGUUUGGCACUCUUGGCUUGCCAUACUUUAUUACAGAUUGGACAAGCACUGAAGUUCACCAAGGUGACACAAAUAACUCAUAUUUAGCCAUUCAUAGUUUGAUCUGAAGUUAUAAUGCCUGAAAAUGAGGAGUGACCAGACCUUGUCAGGGUGAGUUAAGACGUGUAUUUUUAACACAUGCCGAUGUGCAUUGCCCAUUUGACUGUGGGCAUCUAAAACUAAACUUUUCUAAGUUUCUUUAUAGUUUUAUAGGAACUUUGUCAGAAUUUAGAAACAAACUUUGUUUAGCUGUGUCUGCAUGAAAAGUUCUCAACAAAAUAAAAAACUUGCUACAACAAUAACUCCAAUAUGACAUGAAUGCAAAUAUAUGUAAACGGUACUCGCAACGUGCUAGCCUUCUUUCCUACUGUGAGAAAUAUUAGCUAAGCUGCCAUUAGCUCUCUGCUAAUCCAUGUGUUGCAUUUUGAUGCUUAUACUUUUCCUCCUGACUUCUUUUUUCUUUUUUUAACUGUUUACUUUCAUAUUUGCUGUUCGGUGAGCCAUAAAUGAAAAGUGUUCAAAUCCACAGGCUUGAAAGAAAAUGGCACUUGUAGCAGGGAAUAGUGUAGCUUGCUCGCUAGCUUAAAGCCAGCUGGCUCAGAUUAGCAUAUUAGCCUGGACAUAAAUUCACUGUCCUGCUGACCACAACUGGGGUUAGACCCCCUGAUAUAUAGCGACACAAUCCCAUUAGUGCUAUUAGCUUUAGACAGUCGCUUAAUCCCGUUCGUCUCAGGAUGCUAAAUAACAAACAGUACACAGAGCCGAGGACACUGUCCCUGUCAAUAGCCAUGAUUAUGCUAGCUUUGUAUGGUCAGCAAAUAUUGAUUUUAGCAUCUGUAAAUGGGCUAGGACUCGAUCUGCUUUUGCAUAAAUCUGACAGCCAAGUUGUUCUCAGUUGUUAAUGUACAGCACCAAUCUGUUUUAGGAUGUUUCAUUUGUCUUUUUAAACUGAUCAAAGUGAAAGUGCUUUAGCCUCUAAAUCCUGCUUAACGACUCCUUCUUUUUCUCCCUUUCCUUUCCUCUUCGCUUGCCUCUUUACUUUAAUCUUCGCUAUGCAUAAGCGCUGAAGUGCCUGUCCUAUUUCCUAAUCUGUCCUUCUCUUUCUCUCUGCCCCAUUUUAGCACAUAGCACUAAUACAUUUGUCAUAGCAGAGUAUAACAUGUCUAUUUUUGUGUCUAUUUCUCGGCUGUACAGUUGUGGCAGAAAAGUAACUUGCUUCAGUUUGUUCUGUGUAAAAUUCAUCUGUCAGCGGUCGUGGUCUUGAUCCCAGGAUCCGAGGACUUGAUCAUCACGUUGUCAGCAGUGCCAAAACACAGCAGCAGCAAAACUGUGCUGCUCCUGUCUCCGACACCACCUCAAGAAGCAACCUUCAGUACUCAAUUUUGGACACUUUGCUUUGUUUUAUGAUUGAAAUGUACAUUUUGAUUGUUUUGCAUUCUGUCGCUGUUUGGCAGGAGGCUACUCUCGCAUAUCUCUGCCCACAGUCGGCUGAUGAGGCUCUCUCUGAGAUAAAGGUCACUGUGGGAAACUUGUGUAUGCGUUAACCUUGAAUUUGCCUAUGACUUUGACUGGAGGCUUGUAAAAAAAAAUGCAUGGAGAGAAAGAAAAGGCCACCAUGGAGACAUACAACUUAAGUCAGAAUACAUAUGUCUGUUUAGUAUAAGGAGAUAUACACCGCCUUUCUUAAUAAUUCAUACCAAUUGAAGUUUUUCAUAUUUUUUUGCUGUUACAACCUCAAACUUUGAGUAUGUUUUACUGGGGGUUUUAUGUAGCACAUCAUCACAAAAUAUUUCAGAACUGUGAACUGAAAGACAAAACAGUUUUCAGGAUUUCUUAAAGAUGAAAUUGAGAAAAGUUUUUUCUCAGCAUGGUAGGGGAACACGUUGAAGCUUUGAUGUGAACAUCAGUGAUUUAUUGGAGUUUGGUCUGGACCACUUUGAUACGUAGAUACGCUUUGAUUUGAUUUAAACCAAUUUAAACAAUUGUUGCUCUGGCAACAGUAUUUAUGGUUUUCCUGCUUGAAGAGGAACCUCCGUCUCAAAGUUUUUCUACAUCUAGUAGAUUUCUCUGCAUUUUGCUCCAUCACCUUUAAAUCAAUACAGAUCAGAUUCACUGACCCUGCUGAAGAAAAGCAUUCCUACAGUAUGAUGCUGCCACCGCCAUGUUCCACAGUGGUUUGCUCAGGAAUUGCAGUGUUAGUUUUCCACCACACACUGAGAUUAAACUGCACACGCUUCAUUUCCUUACUAAUUAAGGACUUGUAAAGGCAAAUGGCUGCACUGGAUUUAAUUUAGGGACAUUGAAUGAUGAAGGGGUGUGUAUGUGUGUGUAAAUGCACAUAACAUUUUUAUUACAUUUGUUAUUUGGGCGCUACUUUAUGGCGGUCCAUCACGCUGAAUCCCAAGUAAAACACAUUAGAAUUUGUGGUUGUAACAUGAAAUGUAUUUUUUUUUAAAACUGAAGGGGUUUGAAUGCUUUUUCAAGUCACCGUAUCUCAUGUGUUUGCCUGCCUAUAAGUCCACAAACUUUCUCAGACCGGUCACACGACGUUUCAGACUCUGCAGCGUAACAAUGCGGCUUUAUUUAUGAGCUGAUUGGGAUCUGUGGGUGGAAUUGCUCCGAAUAAUUCAGGAAAGAAAAAACUGUUUGAUCCUGAUGGCAGACAUCAUUCCAGCAAAACCUACGGGCAAACAAAUGAGUCGAAACUGUAAUGUACUUUGGAGAUGUUCUCAUGUGGUAAUGCCGUUGUUUUCAGCCAAAUGCUUCAGU